UAUCUUACUGUCAAAAGCUCUCUGAAGGGAGGUUGUCUCCGCUAUGCCAGACCCGUUCUUUAGCACCAACAAACCCAGGAAACGCAAGAGGUCCAAUACUAUAGAAGAUGGACCGUCAACCUCCAAAAAACCUGAUCGCAGUACGAAUGGCAAACCGUUCACUGCGAAGGGUAAGAAGUUUGGCUCAGGGCAGGCCAAUAUCAAGUCAAAACGAAGCGUUCGAGAUGAGGAACUCUCGGAUGCGACUUCAGAAGGGGAUGAGGGUGGUGUCGAUGAGAUGGACCUGAGGGCACCGGAUGUCGAUGUUUAUGAGAGUGGAGAAGAGGACGAAGACGAGACACCUGCCGAAAAGCGUCUUCGACUGGCGAAGCUAUACUUGGAGAGUGUGAAGCAGGAUCUUACUCUAGCUGAUGGCGAAUACGACGCUGCUGAAAUUGACAAAGAGCUUAUAUCCGCCCGGCUCAAGCAAGAUGUAAUGGAACACUCUGGGAAACUGCAUCUCUUCAUUGCCGACAACUAUGACUUCUCUAACACGCCAACAUUGAAGACACGCGGACAUCGGUUCUCCGUAACAGCAGCCGUUGCUUCAGAAGAUGCUCGCUGGUUUUAUACCUCAAGCAAAGAUGCUUCUAUCAUCAAAUGGGAUCUCAGCACUGGUCGCAAAUCGCAUGUCUUUCACAAAGCCCGCCCUGUCAAAGAUAAGGGUAAGGGCAAGGCGAAAGCUGAGCCUGCUGCUGAAUUAAAAGGUCAUUCAGAUGAAAUCUGGGCGAUUGCUUUGAGUCCAGAUGGUCGGCUACUUGCAAGUGGUGGCAAGGACCGACGAAUAGGUGUAUGGGACGUAGAGAAGGAUGAGUGGGUGAAAGGUUUUGGUGGACAUCGAGACAGUAUAUCUAGUCUCGCUUUCCGGAAAGCUUCCAAAACAGCGACAUCUACUCCGCCGAGUCAACUAUACACCGGCUCUUUCGAUCGCACACUAAAAUUAUUCGACCUUGCUCCCACCACAAUGGGCUACGUCGAGACAUUAUUCGGGCAUCAAGCACCGGUACUGGCCAUAGAUGCAUUAAUGCGCGAAACGGCGGUGAGCGUAGGCGGGAGGGACAAGAGCGUCAGGUAUUGGAAGAUACCAGAAGAGAGCCAGUUGGUAUUCCGGGGAGGCGGUCGAAGUGGGUGGGAAGACCUCCUGGCCGGUGGUUUGGAUAACGAUAUGGACGUUGAUGGAGAGGGAGAGGGAAAGACCCGAAGAGGGACGGGCAAGACCGAGAAAUUCAUUGAGGGCAGUAUUGAGUGUGUGGCGAUGAUCGAUGAAAACACCUUCGUCAGUGGAGGUGAUAGCGGGUCCAUCUGUCUCUGGGCAACGCAAAAGAAAAAACCAAUAUUCACACAGGCGCUCGCUCACGGCAUGGACGAGUCCCAAGUGGAAACAGAAGACGUCGAGAUCGUUCGUAAACCUCGCUGGGUCACAGCCUUGGGCUGUUUACGCUAUUCAGAUCUCUUCGCUUCCGGUUCUUGGGAUGGCGAAAUCCGGCUGUGGAAGGUCGACUCGAAAAUGAGAUCAUUCUCGCUGGUUGGGUCGAUACCGGCUCUUGGCGUCGUGAACUCCAUUCAGAUCCUCACCGCUCCUCGAGACAAAAUUGAGCAUUUCCCUUGGGUGUCAUCUACAUCUCAAGAUCCGAAAGAUGGACCUAAUGCAGCGCCUGUUAUCAAUGGUCAUGCACCCGCUGCCUCUUCUUCUUCCUCCUCGAAGAAAUCAUUAUUGCUGGUCGCAGGUGUUGGUCAGGAGACGAAAUUUGGGCGUUGGGUGGAGAAGAGAGGCGAGGGCGUGCUGAACGGUGCUCUGGUUGUCGCAGUACAUCCCCGGACGUUGACUAGUUAGGACCAAUGCAACCACCCGUUGGUGACGUUUCUCGUUCUGAAUGUUUUCGGUACUAUGCUGUGAUCAAGAAAUACCUCGUCUUUAGUCUUUAGCGAAACCUGUCUGUGUUGAAAUCCAGCUGUAACACCAUGCUAGACAUGGCUUACAACUUGAUCAAUUCUGCAUACAGAUCGUGCGGACGACAUGAUACAAGUUGAGUCGAGUCGUUGUAAGUACGCAUAUGAGUGGAAUGGCAAACUGCUCGCCAUGGGCCUCUGUCCAACCAAGUCUAUACAAACAGACAAGAAAUCACUCACUGCAAC